GUGUAAAGCCGCCGGAGUAAUUAAGGGAUCGAUCACACCCCCUUGGAAGUACAAAGGUACAGUGAUAACGCUCUGCAUUCAGGGGGUUGGUGAUCAUUUCCACCGAGUACCGGAAGUGCGUCUCGCAAAAGUUUGCUUAGCGUUGUAAUUGCGAGAGAGAUUUAACUUUUAAGAGAAAUCGCUGUAUCGAUCGACAAGGUGGAAGUGGCGUUCAUCGAAAGAACGAAUAAAUAGAUCAUCGAAUUUUUGAUUUUCUCGCCGUCGAUUUCGGAGCAGUUAGAUGUAAGUGCCGUAUACGCCGGAAAUUCGGAGUAUUAUAGGAAUGGUAACGCGAUGUGCACGCUAAUAUUGUAAAGGCGGAUUAAACUUCAUGCGACUGCAAAUAGUGGUUCUUUACAAUCGUCGAUUAUAAAGACAAUCCAGUCGUUAUCAAAUUAUAACGUUCUCCUACAAUAUCUAUAUUGUGAUUGCAUUAACUUUCGUAUUCUAUAUUCCAUACUGUGAUUGCAUUAACAUUCGUAUUCUAUAAUCUCGGAAUGCGACCUCGAUCGAUACAUUCGGUAUUCUAUUCUGGCCGAAAGUCAUCGUGCAUGCGAGAGAAGCGAGACGAAGAGCGCAGCGAGAGAUGAGCGUCGACCGCUUUCGACUUGAAAGUCGCGAUCGAGAAACUCUCACGACCUGAUGUCGCCUCCGAUACGACUUAUCAACGCGUCGUGAUAAAUACACGCAGAUCACGUCUAUAUGUUCAAUUGAUGUCGUCGCGUCUUCAUAAUUAAGACGGAGGACACGCGAGAUUAAUAGACCGUCAGCGCGUCUCGAAAGCUGUGUGACAACCAACACUAUUAAUCCUUCAAUUAAUCGAGUCGAAAUUGGUUGACGCAUUCCACUUCUUUCGCUCCUUCUAAUUCUUCCGCGCAUGAAAGCGAGGAGAAGCACGGGACGAAGUCUCGCGUAACGAUGGCAGAUCGGAACAGCCGAAUCAUCGGUCCCGUCGAGCGCUCGGAAAUAAUCGCCGAUUGUCGGCGAGGUUGAGGCCUACGAAUGAAGAUCCGAUUGGCACGCGAGUUAGUAAGAUCGUUGAUGAACUCGUUGGCAAACCCGUCAACGAAUGGCUCGCAAACAUUGCACGACGAGUGUUGCUCUCGGCGAUAAUAGCUCGCGAAUCGGAGCUCGUGUCCUUCUUGGCGCGCCGAGAACGCGCGGGGUCACGCUCGCGCGCCGAUCGAAUUAAAAAAAAAAAAAAAAAAAAAAAUACCGGGCGACGCCAAUCAACAAGGAGGACGGCCGAGUGGCGUAGCGGAGCGGACGAUAACGAGGCAGCACGCAGAAGGAGCAUUGUGUCAGUGGCAAGAAGGUCCCAACUGGCGCUUUCAUCGUCUUUCUUCUGUCUCUCUGCGACGAGCUAGUCGGCCAACGAAGCAAUUAGCGACGAUUGGCAGCUGCUUCUUCAAUUCGGGAUUCCGCUUGGGAAUUUUAAUUUUCGUUUUCUCGGGCAAAACGAACGAAAGCUAGUGAAUCAGACGGGAGGUCGAAAGUUAUAGCAAACUCUGUGCAGCUCGCGAAAUCGAAAGGAGAAAAGCACAGGAUCGAAAAGAGAUAAAAAUUUUUCAUCGAUCGGGAUAUGUGCGAGUGCGAUAUCGAUAUGACCAGUGACGCGAAUUGACGCUUCGAAAGUGAGAGGAGGCGCUCGGAAGAGAAGCGAAUAUGAUGAUGCCGCUACCGCAAGUCGUGGGUGUCUUGCUGAAGAAACCGGGGCAGCAGACUCAUCCACGAUUACCUCCUCUGGAUCCACAGGAGACCAAAAUUAAAGGCGAGCUGUAUGUGGAAGAUCUGGGCGAAAGAAGAACGGUUUCCAUCAGAAUGGGCUGGCUAUGGGUCGAAGGUACUCCGAUGAGAUUACCACUGCGAGCAUUAAAUCUCCGUCAGGCACCACCAAGCCUCUGUCAACCCCACACGUUUGCUCUCGGCUUUACCUUGAGCGAUUCAGAAGGUCGUUCGCUCGCCACUUUUUGGGCGGAUACGGAACCGAUCUAUUGGUCUUGGGUCAGAGCGAUUGCGGCCGAACUAGUUCGGCAAACGCCGUUUCGCGCUCAACGAUGCUUGAACUUCCUGGAGAUAUUGACCAUUUGUCCGAGAGGUCCGGUUCCGUUGCCGGAUAGCCCGACGGAAACGCGAAGGCGAUCUCGCAGCGAAUUACGUUGCUGGCCGAGCGAUUCACCGACGGAGAAGACGGCAUUGUGCACGACGACAAUCAUCGACGAUUCGAGGAGGAGGGCGAGAAGUGAAUUACGCGGUUGGUCCAGCAGUAACUCGAGCGACGAGGACCUGUUGGGAGAAUUUCGAAGCAUACCCACUGUGAUAAGCAACAAGGACCAACCGGUCAGCAGAGCGUGGGGUUGCAGCGAAAGCAGCGAGGGUAGCGACGAUAGUCUCCCUUGGGGUGGCGUAUGCCGGUCGAGCGAUACAGUGGACUCCUGCAGCGUCCCCUUACCGGAACCAGAAACGAGGGAACAGAGAAUACAGAGGUACAAAGAGGCGCGCAGACGCGAAAACGAAGCAAGAAGUCGACGAGUCCUCGAAGAGGAUGCAAGGCGGAAAGCAAGAGCCGAGGAAAACAACAACAAUUUGCCGAAGAUCUACGGUAGAACCAGGACCAGGAUUUGUUCUGCCAAUGAUAACGACGAUACUUAUCCGACCCGUUCGCCUAAAAAGGUACUUCUUACGUCGACCGACAUACAAAAACAAAACGAGAUCGUCGAUCGAUUACCUCCGCUCAAAUCGAACGAGACCUCCACAGUGAGGUUCACCGAAGAAAAUUAUCGAAAUGAGGACGAUACACGGAACAAUAAUAGUCCUAGAAGUGGAAACAACUGUCCUGGAAUAUUCAGGUUGGACCUCAACGAGAGGAGAAGUAGAGCCAGAGAGAGGAGAAUCAUUCGUGACAAGGUACAGCUAUCGCAAGCUCAGCAAUUGAUGACCGAUCUCACCAUCGCUAAUGUGGAAACUCUUCGCGAGCGGAAAGAGCGGCUGGCUCUUCUGUCUUCUAGAAUUCCCGUUCCCCGUCAGUCGUCGCAGCCCUGCCUAAAAUCCACGGAUUGCCCGGCAAUUGUAUCCCCGAGCUCUCCGUCGGUUUUAACGGUACCACCUUGCGAGGAGGAUGUUGCCAAACUCUUGGAGCGAUGUCAGAGGGUAGACAAAUACGUGCCGGUACGGGAGAAGCUGACUUUAUUCGAAUCCCUUUCGAGAUUAGGCGGUCGCCUGGCCAGAAGCACGGAAGAUCUUGGCCGAACAUCUUGCAAGCCUAGUCCCAAAGGCAAACAACGCGCCCGGUCAUUGCACGAUCUCAACCGAGGUGCCCGAGCUCUACCCGUGAGAGAGAUGUGUCGAUUCUUUGAGGGCGAUCUGGAGCAGGACGCUUGCCAAAAAACGAUGAAUCUUGCGAAAACGAGAUUUAGCGAUCCAUCCGCGAAGAACACAUGGAAAGAUCCGUGUUCGAAACACGAGCCACCAUGCAUCAGCGCUUCCGUGAGAAAGAAACAUUAUUUCAAGUAA